CGCUGCAUCGACUUUAAGAUUAUAAUUAUAACCCAAGGUGUAAUUUUUGUUCCAAGUUUCAAACAACCACCCUAUAUCGGUUUGGCAAUCAAAAAUGGAAAGUUCCAGGCCAUCUUCUUCUUGUUCUACGAGGAUGGCAGUGCAGAAAGUUGAUGCCGGCGGUCCUUAUAGGCUGCUUCAAUGUGCGAGUAAAGGCGAUAAGGCCGGCGUCAUACAAGAAUUGGAGAAAGGGGUGGAGCCUAAUGGAGCUGACUAUGAUAGGAGGACGGCUCUUCAUUUAGCUGCUUCUGAAGGUUGGACUGAAGUUGUUGUUUUGCUUCUUGAGAAAGAUGCUGAUGUAAACUCUUUAGAUCGUUGGGGUCGAACCGUAAGUUCAAUUCAUGUUCUUCCUAUGAUAUGAAAAUUUCUUUUAUUUUUGGUUAGAUUAAUUUAUAUGAAUGGAUUUUGAUGUGGGUGAUUUUUGUAGCCAUUGUCCGAUGCACGUACCUUUCGACAUCACGAGGUUUGCAAGAUACUUGAAGCUCGAGGGGGGAUCGACCCGGUAUUUUGUGCUUUUUUCUGCAUUUUUCUUGAGAAAUUGUGCAUGAGA